CCAUCUCAUCUCCCAUCGCCAUGGAUGCCCAGCCUCAAAGAAACCAAGAACCAGAUUUCAAAGAAUUCGGUGUCAAAGCCAGAAUCGUCAGUCGCGAUAACACCAUCUCCAGACGCUUCUCGUCUUCCCGCGUUACCAGCUUCCGAGAAGACGCCUGCAAGAUGUUCCCGCCCACCGCCACCGUUUCCAGCACCGCCUCCUCCCCUGGCUACUCCAUCAAAGAGGAAAUCGACCCGUCUACGUACUCGUUCACUAACGCGCUCAAAGCGUUGCAAUUGAGGUCGAUAAACACAUGGGAGUAUUUAUCGCCGGAAGGGUUCGCUCUGAACUCCAAAUGGAAUGAAGCCGAGAGAUACAUAUGCAAUCCGUUAUCGGGCGAAGUCCCGAUGGAGUGUUUAUCGUCGAAAACGCUCAUGAAUGGUCGAUCGUUCAGAAACAUAACGAACCGAAUCACCAUGUCGGCACCUUUGAUCCAUCAUUCUUCAAGAAUCCAACCUCAUAAACUUGCCAAUAUUCACCCAAUUCAAGAUGAAAACGAGGCGAAGGAUAAUAAGACCGAUGGGAGGUCGAUCAUGGUGAUGAUGAUGAAACGAGACGUGGGAAUUCAAAGUUCGUUAAGCGAAGAAAGCAGUACCCUGAGCCCGACUUCUACUCCUUCGAUCCAAGAAAGAUCGAUCAAGUUCGGUUCAAACUUAGAUUCCUCGAAUUCGAGCUCGAAAUCGGAAUCAAAUUUGAAACUGGAAUUCAAGGAUGAGAUUGAGGGGGGAAAAGAAGAAACAAAAGAAGAUGAUGAGGAUAAAAGAAAGAGAUAUGGUUGCAUGUGCUACAAAAGGAGUGGGUGUCUCUCCUUCAAGAAUUUGUGGUCAACAAAAUCUAAUAAUUAAUUUAAUCUAUAUUCAAUU